AUGGAGGCCGAUAGCAUGCCUGCUAAACUCCUUCGUCUCAUCAGAGGCUACUACCGGUUGACGCGAGCCCGUGUUCGUGCUUAUGGUGAGGAGUUUGAGGUGAAGACUAGUGUGCGGCAAGGGUGUGCCCUAUCCCCUACCCUAUUCAACUAUACAAUCGACUACAUCCUCGGCAAGGCCCUUCGGGACUACGCUGAAGUUGCGCUGUACUUCGCCGAAACACCCCCCAACUCUCUCUCUCUCUCUCUCUCUCUCUCUCUCUCUCUCUCUCUCUCUCUCUCUCUCUCUCUCUCUCUCUCUCUGUACGUGUGGGUGGGUGCGACAUCCGGCUCACCCCUGCAGCCUUCGGCUCACUCCUGCAGCUUCCGGCUCACUCCUGCACCUUCCAGCACUCCUGCUGUUUCCGGCUCACUCCUGCACCUUCCAGCACCUCCACCGUUUCCAACCAUCUUCAUUUCCUUUUCCUUUUCCUUUUAG